AUGGCAGUGGUAGUGUUUGUGGUGGUGGCUGGUCUGCUUGCUACGGGUGGCGAGGGCAAGGCGGCCAAGAAGGUACCGGUCUCGGCCGAAGAGGCGCUUGGCAAGCUGCAUGAACUGGCGGAGCGGGCAAAGGCGUCUGCGGACGGCACAGUGAGCCUCAGCGCGCACGAGUAUCGCGAGUAUGUGCACGCGACACCACGGCUGUACUCUGUGGUGCUGAUGUUCACGGUGGCGAGUCCCGGGCGCGGAUGCAAGCCGUGCGCCAUCAUGUGGGAGCCGUACACCGAGGCGGCGUCGGGCUUUGCGCGGCACCAUCUCGACGAGAGCGUGGCAGGCGUGGAGGCGGCGAUGGUGAACGGGACGGCGGAGGAUGUGAGCGAUGCAGAGCUGCCUGUGUUCUUUGGAGUGAUCGACUACGACAAGGCCAACGGGGCGGCGAUCUUCAAGGCUGUGCAGGUCUCUGGUACGCCUUACAUUGCGUUUGUGCCGCCAGCGCGGGCACUGGUCAAGUCGAGCAAGGCGCCGUCGAUCGGGUCGAGCAAGGCGUGGCGAAAGCGGUGGACCAAAGACAACGAGUUCAACCUGCGGCAAAUGUCGUCGGACACAACGGUCUUUCUGCAGUUUAUUACCCGGCAGUGUGGGCUCGAGAUUGACGUCUCACGGCCAUUGCCGCUGUUUCGGAUUGUGUUUGCAGUGGCCGGGACGGUGGGCUCGCUGUGGGCGGCGCAGGACAAGAUCAACGCGAUUGUGCCGUUUCGGCUUCUGUUCUUUGGCGCGUUUCUCUGCGGCGUGGUGUACUGCUACUCGGGUGCCAUGUUCUGCACCAUCCGGUCGGCGCCGUGGACGCAGGCUGGGAAGGACGGCGAAAUGUGGUUCUACCCAGCGCAGCGGCACCAGCUCGGCAAGGAGGCGAUGGUGGUGGGCGGAUUGUACGCGACGGCCGUUGCCGGCAUCCUGGUUCUCCUCCGCGGAGUGCCGCGGCUUGCAGCAGCAAACUACGGCACGCUUGUCAUGAUCGUGCCGACGGUGGUCGGAUGCUUUGCACUUUGGCUCGCGCUCGGCUACAUCUCGGUGCUGUUCACGGCCAAGAUGGGCGGCGGGUAUCCGCUACCGCUGACCAACUUUGCGGCUCUGCUCCCGCGGUCAUGGGGAUAUUUCAACAAGUACGGAUAGCGCGCAGUGAAUGACAACGAAAC